AUGCUCCUCCUCGCCCCGCUCGCACUGCUCGCAGCGGCGCCCCUCGCCGCGGCAAGCUCGGCGCGGGUCAUCUUCCCGACCUCGCAAGACUGGUGGAUCAACGACCACUCGACGCCAGCAUACGUCGUAGCGGCCUUCACGCCGUCCACGAGCGCACAGACGCACGUGCGGAUCAACCUCACCUCGUCGUCGCUCGACGUGCCGUUCGACUUCUCCGCCAACGCCGGCGCCGAGGGGAUCGACCUGGGAUACCUCGCUGCUGGGGAAGAGAAGGAGUGGGUCGUGUGGGCGCGCGGCAGCCGCUUCCUUGGCAACGCGUUCCGCCUCUCGCUCGAGUACAGCGACGGCACGCGCGUGUCGUCCGAGCCGUUCGAGAUCAGGCCCGCGGGCAGUGCGGUCACGCAGGCGCCGUCGAUUGGCGUCGUGCACGCCACGCCGCCGCCUAUCCUCGCUGCGGCGGCAUCCGAGUCGGCCUCUGCGGCCGUGUCCGCCUCACAGUCGGCAGCUGCUGCCCCCGCUGCGUCGGCGUCAGCCGCGCCAGCCAAACCCAGCAGCGCCGCACCUGCAGCUUACCUCUCCCCGCUGCUGCUCCUCGCAGCCGCCGCCUACGCUGUGCUGUAG